AUCGCUAGGUGAUUCAGUGGCCCAGUUAAUAUGUAACAGCCGGGGAACACGUGCAACGCCGUCCGUGCAUUAAAAGCCGAUCCGCUCGCAAACUGCCCUCAGUAUUGGCGAAGGCUUGAGGAGGACCAUCACCCCGAAGUGAACCACAGAGACCUAAAAUGUUCCGAACGCUCUGCCUUCUCCUGAUUCUGGCUGCUGCCCUCCAGGGGGCAGCGAACCGCGUCUAUGUCCACCCCUUCAAUCUCUUCGCCUACAACAACUUCACUUGUGAAAUCGUCCAGGCUCAAGCCCACAAACCUUCCGAGAUGUUAAAACCGUCACCCGUCGACCCCCAGGGAUCCAUCGAGCCCGAUGGCGCCGCCCUGCAGGAGGAGAGUGAAACGGAUCAGGCCGUCAAUCAAAAGGCAGCUGUCCUUGGCGAGCUGCUCAACUCUCUGGGGCUGCGGCUCUAUGGAGCCCUGAGGCAGCGGAAGGCUACCAACACCCUGUUCAGCCCAGGCAAUGCAUUUGGGAUCCUCAGCACCUUCUACCUGGGUGCAUCCAAUGUAACAGCUGACAGCCUCCAAAGGCUGCUGGGCCUGAGUGCUGACACCGAGAAGGUCUGCUUUCCGCUGUUCGACGGCCACAAGGUUCUCCGGACACUCCGACACAUCAGCAGCCAGCUCAACGAGAGCGCUGCCGACGAGUUCAGGACCCGCAUGUGGACCUUCGUGGGCAGAGAGGGGGACCUGUCACGCGAGUUCGUGCGGGGCAUGCAACACUUCUCGGACGCCUCCUUCGUACGUUCCGUAGACUUCGACCAGGCUGGGGGCGCCGAGACCCAGGUCAACUCCUUCAUCCAGAGGACGUCAGCCAGCACUGUCGAGCAGCUGUUUGACGACAUCAGCCCGUCCACAAACCUCCUGUUUGCCAGUUCCAUGCAUCUCAAGGGGCGGUGGAGGACAGCGUUCCCGCCAGAGGCAACGUCUCUGCAAAACUUCUGGGUCGAUGACAAGACCAGUGUUCCUGUCCCUCUUAUGAGCCGUGUGGGAAACUUCAUGUAUGUGGACGACAAAGCCACCAAGAGCACAGUGGUCAAGAUGCCCUUGAAGAAAAAGGUCUACAUCCUGACAGCUCUUCCGCACAAGGGGACCAGCCUGGACCACGUGGAAGAUCAGCUCUCUACCAAGCUUCUCUCAAGCUGGAAGCAGCAAUUUAAGGAAGGGUUGCUCGAAGUGUCCCUGCCCAAGUUCUCACUGAACAGCACAAGUGACCUCAAAGGCAUCCUGUCUGACAUGAAGCUCUCUUACCUGCUGGGUGAAGGUGCUGACUUCAGUAGACUCAGCACCAAGAAGGACUUCAGGCUGGACCAGGUGCUGAGCCACGUGGGGUUCCAGGUGUCCGAGGAAGGCGAGGAGGACCCUGCAGGGCCCGUUGUCGAUAUGGUGCCCAAGAAAUUCGUGGUCGACAGGCCCUUCUUCUUCGCAGUGGUGGAGGAGAACUCGGAUGCCAUCCUUCUGCUUGGGAGAAUAAGCAACCCCAGCCUCUAAGGCUCCUGGGAAAACCUUCUGUUCUGACUGCAACUAUGUCUCCUGAAGGACUUCACUAGAAGUUACCUGAGCUCCCACAUGCAUGAGAGCCAAUCUUUCUUUUGAAUUUGUGUUUAACGAGAUUAAAAGCGUAUUUCCCUGAGACCACGCGCAUUCAUCUAGGGCACUCUGCGGAUUGUCUGCGACCGUAAGAAACGUCAGGUUUGAUUUCGGGCCAUUAAUUCCCUCAUGAGCUACCAUAGUGGAAUCCUCUUCCAUUGCAGCCGGAGUCUCUGACCAGCUUUCCUCUUUCGAUCAGGGUAAGAAGUAAGCAAAGCAGAUAAUCAUUCAACUGAAUCACAAAACUAGCAGCCCGCCCAGUGAUUUCAGUUGUAUUGCUUAUUCUGACGUACCAGGACACACGGCUGGAGUGCAUCAAGCAGGGAAAUAGCGUUCUUCAAAAGUAUUAAAGGUGACAUAUUUGCUGAAUUAGUAUUUUUUUUUAUUGUGCAGUUUAUUUUUGAUGUCACGAGAAUUAUGUUGUAAUAAAGUCGGAAUAAGAUAUAUUCCUAAGCAAAAUAAAACUGACAUUUUCCUUGCUUCUCCAA